GGAGGUGGAGAUGGCUUCCAGUCUCAGAGUACUCAUCCCUGCCUCCGGUCCUAAAUAAUAUCUGCUCUAGGAGAAAAUCUACUGCACCUGAGAAAAUUGUUGCCAGUGUUUGUGAUACAAAAGGAAGGACGCCUGAGAAGGCACUGGACAAGCUCUUCUCCCCGGAACAGCAGGCCUCUAUCUUGCACGUGUUGAAUACAGCUUCUGAUAAGGAACUGGAAGCUUUCAGACUGCUCCGUGGAAGGAAGUCCGUCAAUAUUGUAGAGCACAGAAAGAAGUUUGGGCCAUUUCAAAGUUUGGAGAGUUUGACAGACGUGUCCUUGAUCCAAUAUAAAACUGCUGUUCAAGUGUGUAACUCCAUUCUUUGUCCAGAGAGUGGAAGGAAAAAAAAGUCACAGGAGAAGUGGCUCCUGAGUGAGUUCAUCAAACCAGGUGUAGAGAGAGAGAGAAUUAAGGCAGCUAAUAGUAUCAUAUCUAUUGUUUUUGGUACUCGAAGAAUUGCAUGGGCCCACCUUGACCGGAAAUUUAAGGUGCUCGAUUGGCAGCAGGCUGAGUGUUGGAAACUAACGAACAGAAUAUAUCCAUCAUCUGUCUAUCUGCAAGAGAUUUCUUCAGUCAUUUCAAAGAUGCCUCAAGCAGAUCUCUACAUUUUGGAAAAAUCAGGACCUUCCAUUCACAACACAUCUCUGUUUCCUAUACUGUUACACUUUCUUAUCAUAGAAGCCAUGCUGUAUGCCUUACUCAACAAAACUUUUGCCGAGGAUGGCCAGCAUCGGGUGCUGAGCAUGAAUCGAAAUGCAGUGGGCAAGCACUUCAACCUGAUGAUCGGCGACACAAGGACUAGUGGGAGAGAGCUAGUGAAACAGUUACUCUCUGACUCUGUGCUGAAGGAGGAGCCUCGAGUGUUCUUCCCAUUGGAUCGAGUAGUGCAGUACAGACAGAAGAUUCUGAAGGACUCACACCACAUUGAAGAGUUAUAUGAUUCACUAUUACAAGCUGUUGCCUUUUAUGAGUUAGCUCUUGGCAAAGGCUCAGAGGCCCAGGAAUAAUGCACUCGCUCUAGUGUUAUAUUAAUUUAUUAAACCAACUGUUCCCGUCCUCCAUGUUAGUGGAGAAGAAAACAUUUUGAGUAUAUUUUCUAUGUUUAUGAAAUGAGAAUCUUGGCUGUGAAAUAGUGUAUAUGAGCCAAGACAAAAUCAAUAAAUAUUUUGUGAAAUUCCA